AGAAGGUUUUGCUCGCAGCUGCCACUCCCGAACGACGGAGUUCUUGCAAUGUGUGAGGUCUGCCAUAAUUUAUUAAAAGGGUCUGUACCAACUUCUAACUCUGAAAAAUCCGGAAUCCGAAAUCCAAGAUCCGAAGGCAACCGAGUGGAAAAUACGGAUGAUCCUGAUGCAGAACCGCUAUUUCAUAUCUACUUCGAACUAGAUUCAUUUUACCGACCGUGCUUUAUAAUAUUCCUUUAAAAUCCCCUAAAGUCAGUAUGGCCAAUUCUUUUGAUGAAUUUGCACGUUCUAUCAGCGAAGAGGUUACCUGUGCUAUCUGUCUGGAGGAGUUGAAGGAACCCAAGAUGUUACUAUGUUCUCAUAAUGUCUGUAGACAAUGUUUGGAACUGAUGUCUAGAAACAAAAACUUAAUAGACAUCGUUUGUCCAGUCUGUAGAAAACCCACACCGAUUCCUAAAGGAGGUGUGAGAUGUCUGCCUACCAAUGCAGCCAUAAUUCGAGUCGUAGAAGCCACUCUGGCAAGGAAAGCGAGAAUCGAGAUCCAAGAGUCUCUUUUAACAGAGAAACCAAUGGUUGAACUGUUGGCGAAAAAAAUCUCAGACCUUGACAAGCCUUUGAGGGUUUUAAAGGAGAUCCAGGAAAAAGCUGACAAGUUAGUCAAUGUUAUAAGGAAUCAGGAAGCAAACCUCUGUCGAGAAGUUGAGGAAUUUUAUGGUAGAAAGUGUGAGACCAUCGACGGAGAGAAGAGUGACUUGGACAAACUACAUUCAAGUGCGUCAAAAUGUGUACAAGAAGCAGAAACGAUUCUAAAACAAAGGUGGCCUGAUCCUACGAAGACAAUAAAUGCUGCAAAAGCUCUUAAAGAACAAAUUGAGAAGAUCACUGAAUUAGAUCUAAAUCGAGAUACGUCCACACUCGAAGAUCUUGAGUUUAAAAUGAAUGCAGAAGCUAAUAUCCGCGGCAUACUUAAAGAUGAAACUUUUGGAAAAUUAUUUACUUCCGCAAGCAACAAAGCAGCCCUUGGGGAUGACUCGAUUCUCCAAGCGAGGGCAACUACAGAGAGCAAGUCAGACAUGAUGAGCGAAUCUUUACGAGGGGCUUCUAAAACGCCUUCUAAAACCCAGAGUACUAUGACCACAAGAAGCCAAGUAAGGGACAUUGCAGCAAACAAUUCAGAGCUGGUAAUGAGCGAACCUUCAAAGCACCUGAAGCUAAACCUAGUUCCCUUUGUCACUGGGGAGAAUUAUUGUGACUUCUGUGCGCUAGCUGCUAACCUUAUUUGUAAAACCUGCCUUAAAACAAUAUGUGAUAAAUGCAAACAUGUUUAUACACAAGAUCUUUGUCCACCAACAAAGAGAGAUCAUCAGUUUGAGAAUAUAAAUGAACAAUCUCCAAGUACAAACAAAGCAGCAGAUAAAGACUCAAGCUCAUCGUGGUCAUGUGAGCGUUGCACGUUUUUGAAUUCCUCAAGAAACAGAAUCUGUGCUGUAUGUGCAACUUCAAGAGGAGUGAAUCAGGUUGCCUUGCCAAAAAAUGGCAGAAAGUGUCAUAGCUGCACAUAUGCAAAUGAAAAAGGAGCUACAAUUUGUAAGAUGUGUCAUUGUACACUUGGACUAGAUAACCCAGAAUCUUACAUUUAA